AAUAGCAGGCCAGCAAAAUGUUAAGUUUUUAACUCUGUUAAAAAAGUAAACAAAAAAGAUAACCUAUUGGAAAUUAUUACUUAAUUGCAAUUGAUCACAAACAAUCAUGUCCAGCAACGUUGCGCGCAACAGCUACAAGCUCUUUGUUGGAAAUCUACCAUGGACCAUCAGUGGCAAGGAGUUGCGGACUUACUUUUCCCGCUUUGGCCAUGUGGCCAAUGCCGAAGUUGUCUUUGAUAAGCAGAUGGGACUCUCGAAAUACUACGGCUUCGUGAUCUUCAGCCAGCGGGACGCCUACAAUAGUGCCAGUAAUCAGAACACACACUUUUUAGAGGGUCGCGUGCUCAAUGUACAGCGAGCCAAUGAAAAUACAUAGUACGAUUUAAUUCAUAAAAUAUAUACACACAAUUUAAUUGCCUGA